UCGCUGAAUCCACCCGAGCCGUCGUAACCGAAUGUUACAAACUCGGCUUUACUUGGCGCCGCGCUUCGAGGGCAACACCCGUAGUGCGAGUCUUCCCAAUUCGUCCAAUUCCAUAUACUCGUUGUCAUCGUCCGGUGGACGAGGAGCGGAUUGUUUGCCAAGUCGAGGCCUCGACUCGUCACUUCCGGGACGAGUCAUCUCCCGCGAAUCUCUCGACGAAACGAGGACGCGGUCAGGACAGCAAGGACGUCGGAUGUGCCCCACUGAGGUACCCGCGACGGCGAGCAACGACAGAAGACGACGGCAGGUGGGAGUAGUACCGCUCUCUCCUCGUACCUGGCUUUUAUGAGUGCGUAGGGAGCGUCGCGCAAACAUUCCGCGCACAAGCAAGCGUUGUUGGUGUGCCAGGGGGAUCCCGUGAGAAUAAGCCUUUUAAUCAGCCAGAGCCCCGAGCUCGGUCGGUGAGUGAGUCAUCGAGUGAUCGGAGUUUGUCGAACGCGCCCAGCGGAUCCCAACAGCGAUCGCGUCCGAGGAUGGACCCGGAACGGAUCCAGAGUGACGAUCUCAAGAGGGAUCACGAUUCCGUCGACGAUUUCGAGCAUCUCGGCCACGACGGUUCCCCGGACGAUCGUUCGGAUCAUUAUCACCAUCAGCAGCAGCCGCUACGACUGAUCGACGCGCCACGUGUCGACGAUCUCCUGCACAUCGGCGACUCCUUCCAGGGAUCGGACCCGGUCCUACCGAGCGCGCUCGUCGACGUUGAGACGAAGCCCGUGCCCGCGACGCCGCCGCCUUCCGCGGAUUUUGACAAGUGCGAGGCCAUGGCGCAGUCGUCGGACAUCUUCCAGCGGCCGCUGGACCCGGUCGAUCCCAAAUUCGCCAGCAUGGCGUUCGUCGAGACCGAGAGGACCUAUCCGCCUCCCGCGCAUCAAUUUCGGGAUGACGACGACGACGACGACCACGACAACGACAACGAGGACGAGGACGAGGAUAGCAAGAAGCUGGGGCUUCAGGUGCCGUUGUUACCGAGCUCGACCGCGACAGCUGACGACCUCCUGUUCUCGUCGACGACGAAAAGCGAGAGCGAGAGCCAGCCCUUCGAGGAACGCGAGGACAUCCUGAAUCUGGGGAUCGAUCAAGGCAAGUGGACGCAUCGACAGGACGAAGCGAUCGACUUCGAGGAGGAACCGCUUCGAGGAGGAGACGUCAGAUCGUCCGUGCUGCCUACGGCGGAGAGGUCCCCGGUGUUGGACUUCCUCGGGGACGACGAUCCGCCGUCCGUCAAGGAGAACCUCGCCAGGAACAUUAUGGACGACGACUCGUGGAACGUCGUGGAGAAGACGGACGUGAAGCGCGAACAGGCGGGAAAGGAUCUCGAGCCACCCACGAAGCCACUGCCGCCCUUGCCGAAGGAGGCUGAGUUUGAGGAUACACCUAGUGCGCGGCAGGACAAGUACGAGAUGUCGAACGACUUCCUGAUCACGGAGGCUGUCAGCAAGCCGUCAGCUCCGCAGCCGCAGCCGCAACCGCGAAUCGCCGCCGAUUCGGAGCACGAGAGCAUCGGUGUCAAACGGCGCGAAGUGCCGAGACCUAAGGAACCCGAGUUCAAACCUCGUCGUCCGCUCGACAACAAGAAGCAGGAGAUCGAGAUCGCCCCGAAGGAGAUUUUCCGAGACAUGGGAUUAGAUGCAUGGUUUAAUCCUGAAAGACUGAAUCCGAAAGUGGCGGCUCUGAUAUAUUGGCGCGAUCCCAAAAAAUCAGGGAUUGUAUUCGGCACGAUACUAGGCGUGCUCCUAUCAUUGGCCUAUUUCAGUCUGAUUAGUGUGCUCGCUUAUCUGUCGCUUCUCGUCCUUAGCGGAACCGUUCUUUUCCGUAUUUACAAAACCGUUCUUCAGGCAGUCCAGAAGACUUCGGAUGGUCAUCCAUUCAAGGAUAUCCUUGAUCUAGACUUGGCAGUGCCUGCUGAGAAAGUGCAUGAAGUCGCGGAUGUUGCAGUCGCACAUGCUAAUGCUGCCGUUAGCGAAUUGCGCAGACUGUUCCUCGUCGAAGACUUUGUAGAUUCUCUCAAAUUUGGCGUUUUACUAUGGUGUCUCACCUACGUUGGUUCUUGGUUCAAUGGCAUGACUCUCAUCAUAAUCGGCGUGGUCGCUCUUUUCACGCUGCCUAAGGUUUACGAAACGAAUCAGGAGCAGAUCGAUCAGAAUCUGGCUUUAGUCCAGGCGAAGAUCAACGAAAUCACCGCUAAAGUGAAGGCGGCUAUCCCUCUCGGUAAGAAGGCCGAGCCGACGAAGGAAGAAUAAGGAAGAGUCGUGUGAUGAUAGUCCAGCGGACAGCCGGGACAACCGGGAUAGAAAGGAUAAAAAUUAGAAACGAACGAAAGAAA